GGGGGGGGGAGAGAUGUGUGAGUGCGUGUGGUACUUCCUGUGGUAUAUUUAUGGCCAGGGCUUCGAUUUCCGGUAGCUGAUACGGGCUCUCUCCCCGGUGUCUCACCCAGCGUUUAAUAAUAUCGCCGAAAAAGGAGGCGGGGAGCUGUCGGCGAACACACACAAACACACGGGUGGGGUGGGGGGGAGUGAGGAGGAGGAGGAGGAGGAAGGCGGGGAGCUGCCAAUGAGCGGGGAUGAAACCCGCGCUCCUCUCGCCCAGACACAACACUCUUUUUCCUCCCAGCCUAAACAACCUCCGAUUUAUAAGAAGCUGGCCAUGCAAUAUCGCCAAUAGACCACGGUCUCCUCUUUCCUCCUCCUCCCCCUCCCCCGCUUCCCUCAAAUAUCACGCGGGGACACACAUCACAUUCCUAUGGACAGGCACGUGCAGAUAGAUAAAUGGCUGGCCUUGUGGAUAAAACUCUUGUUUACACCUGAACACGUCCAAGUUCAGACCCCCAAUCAACUUUAGCUUUUCUGCCUAUAUUUUGGUUUGCUGAAAACCAGCAUUUAUCGUCAGUUGUCAUCAAAACUGGCCCAUAGUGAACCAUUGUUUCACUCAACAACUGCAACAUUUGCUUAAUGAGUGCCGCAGAAGAGAUAAUAUUGGGUCAGUAAUGCGGGUGACCUGAUUUACUAUCCUCACGACUUAUGACUAUGUUGGGCUGGUUCCAUUAGAGUUGUAAAUCAAAGACGACCUGUGCCAACUACUUUCUGAACAAAGUUAUUGAGUGAUGCACCAUGGAAGACUGCCUCCAUACAUCUUCCGAAAACCUUUCCAAGCUUGUCAGUUGGGCCCACAGUCAUGGUACUAUUUGCAGCCUCAUUCCAAAUUUAAAACACCUACUUUCAGAGGGUUCCCAUGGCAACCUGACAGCUAUGUGGGGCUGUAGUGCAGGCCAUGCCUAUCACUGGCCACUGACAGCUACUUGUAGGGCUGGCUCACAGGAAAGAGUUUGUUUCCAGGAUAAUAGAAGUUUCAACUCCGAUAGCCCCAGCAUAAUCGGCAUGCCUUCAGACCCCCAAGCCAGCCCAGUGGAACGCUAUCCAGGGAGGUCAGGAAAAGCAAAGUUGGACUGUAACAGAACCAGAGAUUCCUGCGAUUUCUCCUACUGCAGUGAGCCUUCUGAACUGGACGAAACAGUGGAGGAAUACGAAGAUGAAUCUAAUCUUUUUGACAUGGUCUGUGAGUCCUCGGUGACCGACGAAGAUAGCGAUUUUGAACCUCAUCGUCAAAGAUCUCAGAUAAAUUCCCUUAAAAGGCCUGGCCCAUCUUCUUCACUACAUUUGGACUCUCAGUCUCAGGUCAUUGAUGGAAGCAGCAAUGAUGUUUUAGCCAAAAAAAUAAAGCAAGAACUCCCCGAGGAUUAUUACAUCGUGGCGAAUGCCGAAAUCACUGGUGGCAUUGAUGGCCCUGCAUUGUCCUUGACGCACAUGUCAAAACCUAAAGGUGGAACCUCCUAUCCUGUGGCAUCUAAGCUAACUUCUCACUCAUCUCCUUCCCUCAGUGCUGACUUUGAUUUGCAGAACGUUUCAGCUUCUUCACAAGUUACAUCAAGGCCAGUGACCCAGAAACCUCCCAAACUCAAUCUGCCUUCCUCAAGCAGAAGGCCUGGUAACAUCCCAACCGUAAAUCCUCAGGUGGCCCUCCAGGUGCCUGCCAGCACCUCUAAUUCUGGCAAACCUAUCAGCAUUCCUUUAUCAGCCUUGCAGCUCCCUGGGCAAGAAGAGCUAUCAGCCUCUGAAGAUCUCCUCCAGCCUGGCCCAAAUCAAGUUUCCAAUGAUGUAGCAUUGUCUCCUUCUGUUAGCACGGAGCCGGAGGUUAGCUCUAGCCAGCAGCAGCCAAGCACUGCUCCCAGCACAGUCACUGAGCCGGUGGCACAGACAAUAGCAGACCAAGAUGAGAGAGCUGCCGAACUUAGAGAGCAAAAUGAGAAAACUAUUCGCAGUACCCAGACAGCUCUCCGAAACUUCAGAGAGUUUCUCAUCUCUAAAUAUCCUUCAGAAACGAGGGAGAUCUACAUUAUUCCUUGCAAAGAACUAGAUGCUUACCUAGCAUCAUUUUUUGUCGAUGCUCGGCAGAAAGAUGGUUCAGAAUAUGAGCCAAACAGCUUGGCCAACUACCAAUGUGGGCUGGAGCGGUAUCUCAAAGAGCAUCGAUAUGGAUACAGCAUCACCCGAGACAAGGAAUUCAAGAGGUCCCAAGAAGCACUGAAGCAGAAGCAGAUGGAACUGAGGUGCAAAGGCAAAGGCAACAAGCCCCACAAAUCAAUGAAGCUUACUUUUGCCGAUGAGCUGAUUCUCCGCAAAAGGGGCCUGCUAAGCCGAUAUAAUCCCGAGGGGUUGCUGAACCUUGUCUGGCUCAACAACACAAAGGCCUUUGGCCAUUGUACUGGCUUCCACGGGUCAACUCUCAAAUGGGGGGACAUUAGACUUCGGGUGACAGAGACCGGCUUAGAAUACUUGGAAUGGAUGGGCCAAGAUGGCAGUGACGGGAAUGCCAAGAUUAAGAGGACAGGCACAGAUUCCAGAGUGUAUGCAACUCAGCACGCUCCACAGACUUGCCCUGUGCAAGAUUACAAGGAAUAUGCGCAAAGGCGUCCCCCCGCGAUGCGGUAUGAGGAUGCCCCUUUCUACUUAUCCAUUAAGCCAGUUGUUAAUCUAGCUGCAUUACACUGGUACAAUUGUCAGGCCCUAGGUAAGAACAAACUAGCCAAGAUGGUCAAGACUAUGUGUGAGAAAGGGAAUAUUCCCGGAAGGAAGACCAACUUCAGUGUGUACCAGAGCUGCAGCACCCUCUCGGAAGCCCAGAGUAACCAGCUGGUGCUAAUCUGCAACAACCUAAGCCAACAGGCUGCUCAGUCUGUAGCAAGCCAUUCUAGCACUGGCAACUUCAUAGUGUCUGCAUCUUAUGACUCUUCUUCGGAUACAGCUUGAAAGGACGCUCAGUGUGACCAUGAGGUUCUUGAAGCUUUGGUGUCCGUUAACAUGCAUUGUCUGUGAUCCUAUAGUUCUCAUCGGACUCGCCUUUCUCCAGUGUUAAAUCCCAUUAUCAAAACAUUUAUAUAUACUUAUUACAUAUAUAAAUAUAUAUAUAUUUCUUUUUAUGAAUAUGUGAAUAGAAAUAGCUUAGACUAAUUUAUAUAGUAUUUCUUAAUGCUGAUGGUGAAUAAAGAAGCAUAUUUAUGGGGUGCUAAUUUAAUGGCUGAUUAUAAAACUGGAAAAUAAUUUUCAGGCUAUCCCGAAUUUUAGCAUUACCCACAUUUUAAACUUUAGUCAGUGUGAAAUUUGAUUAACUGUCACUUCUUUCCGAAGCAAGAUGCAAAUUAAAAUGUAAGACAAUAUUGAUAAUUCUUUAUUAAAAGCCCCAAUAAACCCUCCCUAUGACUGAAUAGAUAUGGAGACGAUUAAAAGUUAUGAUGUUGAUAUGUUAUGUGAAGUUCUUUGAAGGCAUCAUGAAUAAGGGCAAAUUUUUGGAAUUGCCUCUAUACCGUUCGGCAAUGCUUUCAGGCAUUUGCUUUCAUUGCCUUUGAAAAGUGCCCCAUCUUCAUUUUUAAAAGUAGAAUCAUCCUCAAAUUCUCAAGCCUUUUAAAAGUGGCAUGAAUUUGGUUUGUGAGAGAAUGAAGACAGGAAUAUUUUUCUACUUUGUUUAGUUCUUUUUGUAGUUAAGCUAGAUUUUUUUUUAAAAAAAAAUUGUGUUGAUGAGGCUAUGGAGAAGGAAAAGAAUAAAAAAAAGUUGCUAUUUAUUGCAGUGUUUUCUGUUUACGAUUUAGGUCCCUGAAUGUCAGUUAUGCCAGCUAAGAAAAAGAAAAAUGCUAACAAAAUAGCAGUUGUUUAAAAAUAAAAAUACUAUUAAUUAAUACGCAAAAGAAAUAUCAUGGCAAGUAGGAAGACUGUUAAUUUUGGAAGGCUUGUCUUUUAGUAUUUUCUAUUUAGCCACUUCAUUUCUGUGUGUUUUAAACAUGUUUUUGAACAUUGAACUACAUUUUAAUUUGCUGCAUUGAAUAACUACAAUCCAAAAUAGUCUGACUCUGGCUGAUUUAAGAUUGCUUAACUCUACUGGAUUGUGAGCCCUCCACAAUGGUGGAGCUCCAUAAUUGGGAUAAUUCCACAAUUAAUUAUCAAUAACUGCAAUAUCCAUACUUCAUGUGUACAUUGUAUAAUUGUGGAUCGGAUGGCAAGGUAGCUGUGCAGGAGAAUAGGUAAGAAAUUGCAGAGCAGCUGUCUCAAGGCUCUGUCUCAAGGCCCUGUCUCAAGGGAAGGAAAAAUCUGGAAGAUCAGUAGUUGUACUAAUGGACGUGGAUUGCAAACAUCCAGACAAUUACUAGAUGGCAGCCAAAAGAAAGAUUGGAAUUGAUGAAUCUUUGAUGCAAAAGAAAAGAAACAGCUUGUCUAGUCUUUGCCCUUUUUUUUCUCAAAGAGGGCUAUAGAAAUACCGCCAUAUUGUCAGGGUUCCACAAUGGGUCACCAUGAAACAUUUCUUGAUAGAGGCAAGAGAAAAGCACUUACUGAUUUGUUUAUAAAAAUAUGGACUUGUAAUUUAAUUGUAUCAUAGAGAAUUGGGGCAAUACUUUAAAGCCAGGGAGCAGGUAAAGCUCUUGUAGAUUUCCUCCCACCCAUCCAUUUUAGGCAUUAAAGUAGAAGAAGAGUUGCGGAUAUUAAACACUUGAUUAGUGGGUUGCUGGGAACUGGCAUUUGCUGCCUAUUUUAUGCAAUAAAAUAUGUUAAACAGGUCCUGGGGACAAGUGAAUGUCAUCUGUCCACUCUUCAUAAGAGAAUAAUGUAGUUAAAUUCAAAGUGUUGCUUUCGCUUAGACAAACUGGGAGGAUGUGUCUUGUUCUGCCUAUGAAUCCUCUUUCACGGUGAUAAACAAAUCUUAUUUCAAAUUAUGCAUUUCUAAUUUCUGCUAGCAUUUAUCUGACAAGAAAUGAAUCUUCCUGUAGCAGCUCCUUCCUUGCACACUAACCUUCCCUUUCUUCUCCUGUAAAGUAAUUACUUAUUCACAGCAAUUUAUACUUGUCUUCAGCCAGAAAGGCAUCUAAAGUGACUUACAUAUUAUUAAUUUUAAAAAGGCAUCAUCCCCAUUAAAUUACAUACAUCGGACAAAAGUGAUGGGAAUGAAAGAAAAGAAGCUAACUUAGCUACGGAUCUCUUGAAGUUAGCUGGAGAAGAUGGAGCCGUUCCAGCAGCUGUGCCACAAGUCUGAUUCCGUCAGGUUUUUCUUCUCCCUGACUUGUUUUCAUUCCUGUUGACCGUUGUAGUUUAAUGGUCAUGCAUGCUGAUGAUUGAAUAACUAGCUGGAAUGAAAAGUACGGGGAAGGAAGAGGAAGCUGAUGGAAGUGGCCUGGAAUGGUGCCGAUAGAAAGGCUCUUUAAAUAAUUUAGGAACCAAUUGCUAAAUGCUAGAAUAACGACUUCAUGAAGUUGGUAGUGUCAUGGUUUAAAGAUGCUCUUCUGUCUCAGUACCUGGAUGAUUUAGCAUUAUUGAAGGAAGCAUGAAUUCUGCUUUCGAUCACUGAAAAAUAUACCAUAAGUGUAUCUCUCCAUCGUCUGAAGCACAUCAACAUCUUCCAGUAAGAUAAUGAUCCUAAACGUAUCAGCAAGUCUACAAGAGAAUGGAUGAAGAAAAAAAAUCAGUACUUUGGAAAGGUCCCCUUCAUGAGGCAGGUUUAAAUAAUCUUUUGCUACAUUGCAGUUAAUCUUCCCUUCUAUUCCAACAAAGUCCAAGGAGAAUUUAGCUGUAUAAUAUAGGCUGGGUUGUAAUUGCUUUAUUUUGGAAGGAAGUCAGGUGACUAUGACUGUAAACAGAUGCAACUGGACCUGCAAAUUUUGUGUCGGUUGAGUUUGGGGUUUUUUUACAAGAUGGCUGGGUAGCACUUCAACUCAGCAAUGUAGAAAAAACCUGUGAUUGUACAGUUUGGUCAGUUGUCCUUUAAAAUGUGAGUCUCAUAUUUCUUAAUGACCCUCUAUCCCUUAAGUAGUGAUUUCACUGAAAGAAGUGGGAAGCUUAUGAAUAUAGGUAGUUCUCAGUUAACAAUGGUGAUUGAACUAGGGAAUUCCAUCACUAAGGGAUGCAGUAGUAAAUUGUGAUGUUGCAUGACUGCGCUGAUCUAUGACAUAGUUUUGGCACUUCUAGUUGCAGUCACUAGGCAAAUCUCUGCAGUGUGACAUCACAUGCACAUUCACAACUUCCUGCUGGUUUCCCCAUUCAUUUCACUUGUCAGAAGCUGGUAAUGAAAGUCAUAAAUCAUGAUCACGUGACUGCAGGGCACUGUGGCCAUUGUAAUUACAAUCUGGAUGUAGUGUUUGCAAAGACACAGUGGAUGGACAGGGAAUGGAUGCAAGUUCAAGGACCAGUUGUAAGUCUCUUCCUCCAGCACUGUCGUAAAUUCAAAUGGUUGCUGAAUGAAUAGCUGUUAACUGAGGACUACCUGUACUAGCUAAAAGAGUAUUAAUUAAAAUGUCCAUGAACAGUUGUAUAUCACCUUUCUAGCUUUUUUUGAAAAAAAAAUCAGAAGGCACAAGAUAGAAUCAAACCAUUCUAAAUUGUUUACAGACUAGCACAGACUUAUAAUAGGGACCAGACUGAGAAUUUAACCUUUGCUUAAAACUUGCUAGUCAAUUACGAACUCCUGAUCCAGUGAGCAGCCUCUUUCCUUUAAUUGUCCCCACAUCAUGCCUUGCUGACAAGUGUAAUUGCUUGGCCUUAUUCGUUUGUGACACCACUUUAUGUAUUGCUUAACAUUGAGGUUAAUUGAAGGAUGUUGGCAAGACUGACAAAUGGCAGGGUUUCUACUGAAUCUUGUAGAUAAAAGCAAAUGAACAUAGGCGGCUUUAUACUGGUCAGUACCUGAAAUAGCUUAGAAAUUCACAAAUGGAAAAUCUUGAACUGCUUUUAUGCAUUUAAGUAUUGUAUUGCUGGCCUUAGAGAAUCAUCAGUAGAGGUAUCGUGCAAUGUAAGAGCAAACAUUAUUAUCUAGUAACAUCUAUACAUCCAACUGCUAGGGAAAAGGCACAGCUUUCAGGAGAGGUUGAAAAGCCUGCAAACCUAUUAACAUUUUUUGGUGGGAAUUUCUAAGUGCUCUAUUUAACAUUACUUAGAUGCGGCCUACAUAAAUUUGUGAUGACGAAAACAUCUAGCAAUGAAAGAUAGGCAAGUAUAAAGGGUACAGCAUCUUUUAUAGACUGCAGAAGUCCAAAAAACCACUAGAUGACAGGAAAGAGAUACUCAAAGUUUAGUGGAUAUCUGGGCGCAUCAAGUAAUCAUGUAGAGUUUUUUUUAAAAAAUUGGCCUCCUUUAUACAAAACUGUGGAACCUCUGUAGAUAUUCAGCUAUGUAUGUUGGAUCCUCCUGCUUUGUGAACAGCAGAACUUUUAGGAAAUAACCAUAGUUCUUAAUUACAGAUUAAUUUUGCAUCAGACAAUACAAAUGCUCCCUUAAUAAAUUAGUUCUAAAACUGAGUUAAUACAUUGUAUUGUUGUAUUUUCUUAUCCAAGGACAGGCAGCUAGUUGUUUAGGGAACAAAUCUAUGCACCAAAGCCAUUUAUCUAUUUGUGACCAUACCAAAAUUUCAAUCAAGGGUAUUAGAUUUUUUUCCUCCUGUAUUUCUAUUCAUGUUAACAGAAAAACGUCUGAUUAUAAAAAGUAUUCUGCACGGAUAUUAAUUUACUUUGGGUAAUUAAAGUAUUAUCCCAGCUCUGCCUAAAUAAAUUAUUUCAAAGCAAUUUAUUAUGGAGACAAUGUAAGGGCAUUUUUAACCCUAUGGAUCACUGGAAAACGUGUGAGCAUUAAAAAUACAGGAGUUAGCUGGUCCAAUUCUUCCUAGCAGUUCUCUGCUCUAAAGAUAUCUUCAACAUUUUUUUUUUAAAAAGCAGUGACAUUUUGAGAGAAGGGAAUAUUAACAAUAACAAUUCUAUGCAUUGCGUAAUCCAGUGGUGUUCCUGUUAAAUAUGCAUGCUUCAUAGGUGCAUUUGUGAUAUUUGUAGGAUGGAUCAUUAACCAUUGCUGCUAUACACAUCUAUUGUAGCUUUAGUGGAGGAAGGUGGGUGGGAAUAGUGUUGUUUACUGGGAGGUUGUGGAAAUUCACAGUUCCACAAAAUUAAUAUUUUAAUGCCCAUAUGAGUGCCUCUUUAGAAGGAAAAUAAUAUGUUAUAUUAGACACAUUGUGCCAAACCUUUAGGGUGUGCUGCCCAACACAGGCAGUCAAAGAGCAUGAAGUAUGUAUAGUUACUAUUCUGGACACAAAUGCUUAUUUUUCCUACAAAUAAUUGAAAUAACACUUUUGCAGUACAAUCUUAUGUAUAUUUACCGUGCCACUCUAACCUUCCUAUAAAAUGGAACAGAGAUAUUAAGAGGAGUAGAAGAAUUUCUUGUGCUAUGGCAGAUGCUUGGGUUUAUGAAGAGAAAGACCUACUAAUGUAGAUGCUUUAUCAGUGACGUACUCUUGAUAUGUCAAGAAACCACAGUGGCAUCCCAUUUGGCUGCAGUAUGGUGGAGAUGAGUGAUCAGUGUGGAGAAGAAUCUUUUAGAAUUUUUAGGACCCCUAAUUUCUCCUGUGUACCCGAGUUUGGCUGUUCCACCCCAUAGUUAAUGGUGGAAGAAAAGAGAGAGAAAGAGGUAUCUCUACUCCCCACCCUUUAUACAGUAAAAUGGCAGAUGGUUAAUACGUUGGUGGUUUGAGUCAAUCAUGCAAAGUUAGCUUUAAAUUCAUAGCCUAUUUCGUUUUACAGAACCCAGAAAAUAAAUGAUAAGUAUUUAAUUUGGAAGAAAGUGCUGUAGAGAAUAUUUAGCUCCUCAGAAAAAUACAAUUUUAAUGGAAUCUUAAUCAGGAGAUACUCCCAAGAGUGUACUUUGCAAUAACAGUUCCUAAUGGUUCGCUAAACUAUUUUCUCAAUGUAUUAUUAUAGGGUACCUUUAUGCUAGGGAUCGGUAGCACUGUACGCCAAGAAUGCCGCUUUGUCAAACCAAAUUGCUAUGAUCAAGCUCACUGUUUAGGACCCUGCAGAGAUACACAAUGUAUUGUCAUUUAGAACAAACUAAACUGAGUAGGAUGGACAAUGGCAGACUUGCUAGAAGACAGGAAGAUUUGGAAGUACUUAACAGCUUCAGAAUUAUAACAUUGCUAGUGAAGAACAGUAAGCUUAAUGGAUUUUGCUGCCACUUGUGUGGUUAUGCAAAAUGGGAGCAGCCUAAAUUAAAACACACAAACACAGGGAGGGAGGGAGGGAGAGAGAGAGAGAGAGAGAGAGAGAGAGAGAGAGAGAGAGAAUAGUCACCCAAUACAUGGUUAAAGAAUAGAACCUCAUGAAAUGUUAGUCUUUGUUGAUAUAGUGGCCAUUUUUAAAUUGUUACAGGUAUAGCACAGAAGGUUUGGGAAAACAUAUUUUUUUGGGAAUUACCAGGUGUUUACUGGCAAUUACCAGAUGUAAAUGUUAUAAUUAAUCACAUUUUGAUCAUUAAGAGCUUUCUCAAGUUGGCAGGCUCCAGAUUUUUUGGACUUCAACCUUCCCAUCAGGAGAAUAUAAAAAGCGGGGAAGAUUGCAUUUUAACCUACUAGCCUAUUGUGGGAAGUUGUGAUUUAAUUAUAGCUCCCUAAUGUGAAUAUAGCACAUAUGCUUAAAAAAAAAGUAUGCAUAGCCUCUCACAAUUUCCUUUGUUAAUUUCCUACUGCUAAACAAAUCGGGGUCAUUAGAUUGGGACUGAAUGGCAAUUUGCUAGUCUUGCAAAAAAUAAAAGCAAGAGGACUGGAAAAAGCAACAAAAUAAAUCUUCACACACUAAAGAAAAUGUUUGCCAUGUUUGCUUUGGGGAAUUUCCUUCCUUCAUGUACCUGCACCUCUUUGACACCCCAAUACAAAGUGUGUGCAAUUUAUUAAACAGGGAAGAGCUGUAUUCCAUGAAAUGAUUUUAAAACGUGUAUCAAUCUUUAUACAGACAAUGAUGUGAUUCUUGUAAGCAAAAUGUAGCUUGUAUGUUUGAAUAUUUUGUAAGACAUUUUUAUUUUGUAUUGGCUAAUGAUGACUUUUUUUUCCAACUCGUUUUUUUUUCUCCCAUGGUUCUAUUAAAAAAUGAUGGACAUGG